ACCUGUAAAAAUGUUUUUCCUAGUAGUACUUUCUUGUGUGGCUUUAUCCCAAGCUUCCCAGAUUCUUCAACCUAUCCUUUAUCAUGCCCAGCCUUAUAACUUCGGGUACGCAAUUAAGGAUCAUACCAGUGACCAAUAUAGACAAGAAAAAGGAAAUGGACUCGGAGGUGUAGUGGGAAGCUACGGUUUCAAAGAUGCCAGAGGUAUCUUCCGUAACGUCAACUACGUCGCUGACCAUGCUGGAUUCAGAGCGGUAGUCAACGGCAACGAACCAGGCACCGCAAAUCAGAACCCUGCUUCUGUUAUCGUUAAUCCUCACCAGCCUGUUGUAGUCAAGGCAGUCGAACCCAUUCGCCCAGUCUCCGUGGUUCCGGUCCUAACUGCUCUUGGAGAUUACAAAUUCGGAUCUGGAUUCGCAGAUGUCUUGGGAUAUCAGGGCGUCAACUUUGCUGUUCCUCUAAUCGGAGGAGCUAUCAAAGGAUACGACAGCCGAUUUGCUAAUGUGAUCGUUUAAAUAAUGCUUCAUUUGAAGAAUUUCCAAUUUCUGAAAACGUUUUGAAUACCUUUGAAAUAUAAGAAUCUAUUGAGUAUUGAUUUAAUCCAACUUUGGUCAUUCCUGUAUCCGUAUACUCUCCAAAGAAAAGAAAGGUGAAAAUGAUAAUUGUAAACUAUUUUAUGAUAAGUUCUUAAAAAUUAAAAUUAUUAUCUACAAGGAU